AGAGAAAGUCCCUUCAGUUGCUACAUUCUAUGGGGCACACUACCUGAGCUAUGACCUCUCUGACCGAGGGGACCCCAUACUUAGCAGUAAUGACAGACUCAGCCUCUUCUUCAAGACACGGCAGUCCAAUGGUUUAUUAUUUUAUACAGGUGAUGAGGGGGAUUACAUGAAUGUUGCAAUUAAAGAUGGAGGCCUUGUUCUCACGAUCAACCUUGGGUCGGGUGUGUAUGACAAAGUUAUCCGACCUAAAGAUGGCAACUCAAGAUUUGACGACAAUAGAUGGCAUAAGUUGGUCAUAAUAAGGGAGUCCCGAGAGGUGACAAUUGAGGUUGACAACAAGAAGGUUGGGAGUGGGACCACAACAGGGGACUUUACCAUGCUCUCCAGUAAUGUAUUAUAUGUAGGAGGGAGCCCAGAUACCAGCAAGUUACCUGGUUCCAGGGUCAAGAGCAACUUUAGGGGCUGUCUCAAAAAGGUUGAGUACCAGGCUGAUAGUAUACACCUCCGUCUCAUAGAGCUAGCGCGUAACAAGCACAACCUCAUGGUAACCCAUGGUGACAUCAUGUACGACAAAUGUGAAUCUCUUGUUGAAUCUCAGCCAAUUACAUUCCUAACCCCAGAUUCAUUCAUUAAGGUACCAAAGUGGGAGGCAACGCAACAUGGCACUAUUGAAUUUCAAUUUCAAACCACAGAACCAAAUGGAUUAUUAAUGUAUAACAAUGGGGCGGAGACACGCUCUGAUUUCUUCGCUCUUGAGCUACUUGAUGGCCAGUUGUAUAUGAUAAUGGAUUUAGGUUCAGGCGCUAUUAAAGAAAGGGUUUCCAAACAGAAAAUAGCUGAUGGUGCACCACAUAAAGUGAAAGUUGACCACCAUGGAACAGCUGGAAUCUUUACAGUGGAUACUAAACAGAAACCAUAUAAGAUGCCACCUGGGAGUGAGCGCUUAGAUUUAGAUGGUUCAUUGUAUAUAGGAGGGAUUAAUUCACGCACUGAUGCGUACCUUCUCCCACGUGAAUUGUGGUCAGGAAUGUUAGGUUUUGGUUACGUUGGAUGUAUGGAGGAUUUAACUAUCAAUGGGGAGCGUGUGGACUUAUCACAACUCUCUCGGGAACAGGAAGUGUAUGGAAUUGGUGAAUAUUGCCGUAAGAUGGAGCCACAAUGUACAAGUAGGCCAUGUAUGCAUCAUGGGAUAUGCCGUGAAGGCUGGAACAGGUUUAUAUGUGAUUGUGCUGCAACUGCCUUCACUGGGCCUUCAUGUGAAGAAGGUGCUGCUACUCUAGCGUUUGAUGGCACACAGUACAUGAAGCUGACCAUGCCUGAAGAAUCCAAAACAGAAGCUGAGGACAUCUCUAUUAGGUUUAGGACCAAGCGUGAGAAUGGCCUCAUAUUUGCAACAACAUCAGUUAAGUCCAAGGAUAGGAUGGAGUUAGCUGUAUACAAAGGAACAAUACGCUUGGAUAUCAACUUGGGUAGCGGGAGCAAGACAAUGGAAACUGGGGCAAACCUUAAUGAUGACAAAUGGCACACAGUACGGAUACGACGUAGGUCAAAGAGUGUUCAUCUGAAGGUCGACAAUGGACAACCUGUCAAAGACAAGCUCUCGGGCAAGCGUCAAGCUCUACAAGUGAACUUUAUCCAUCUAGGCUCUAUAGUUCUCAUCCCUAAGGACAGUAUGCAGGGUGACUCCAGCAUCAUGGAAUUCCAAGACAUUGAUGUCGCAAUCAAACGAAAAGAUGAUGGAAGAUCGCGAUCAAAUUUUGUUGGUCAAAUGUCACAGUUUACAUUCAAUGGAAAUCAAUUCUUUGAAAUGGCCAUGUCUGGAGAAGUAACAAAUAUAGAAGUCACUGCUACAUUUGAUAAAAUGGAAAAGCUAAUCCAGAACCCAGUUACGUUCAAGUCAUCACAUGCUUACGCAAUGCUACCCAGACUCAAUGCAUACUCAACAUUUAACUUAUUUUUCCAACUGAAAACAACAGAACCAGAUGGUCUCGUCAUGUUUAACAAAGGUGAAGGAGGGGAUUUCAUUGCUUUAGAAAUGGUGAAAGGAAAUUUACAUUUUGUUUAUGACGUAGGAAGUGGACCUCACGUUAUCAUAUCUGAUAAUCCUAAGAAACUCAAUGAUAAUAAAUGGCACGACAUUGCUGUUUUACGGCCAACUCUAAACCAGCAUAUCUUACGAGUGGACGGCAAAUCAAGAGUUGAUCAUUUAGGAGAUUCAAAAGAAGUCCACUAUGACUUACUAGAGCCUCUGUAUCUUGGGGGCUUGAGUAAGCUUUUAUUUAACAGCCUUCCAAAGUUGAUGGCAUCUAGGUUUGGUUUUCAAGGCUGUAUGGCAUCCUUUGACCUGAAUGGUAUAAGGCCAAGGGUAGUGGAAGACAGGGAUGUGACCAUACCUGGGGAGUACCUGGAUCUUAUUUCCAGUGGAUGUAAUGGUCCAACUGUAACAUGCAACAAAGAUGCAUGUGAUCAUGGAGGAAGGUGUGUACAGGCCUGGAACAAGUACACAUGUGAUUGUGAUAUGACGUCAUUCAGUGGGGAUACCUGCUCAGAAGAAAGUACAUCAUAUCAGUUUGGUGAGAAGGGGGGUCUGAUUACCUUGACUUACCCAGAGGGGGAGAGACCUCACAUGAAACAUGAUCAGAUAGCCCUGGGCCUAGUCACAACACAGAAAGACUGUAUCAUCUUGAGGAUUGACAGUGAUAGGUCAAAUGACUACAUAGAAAUGGAACUGGUUGAUGGGCAGUUAUUUGUGGUGUAUAACAUGGGAUCAUAUGACCACCCCAUUGGAGAAUUUUCUACCCGAAUCAAUGAUGGGCAGUACCAUAUUAUAAGGUUUGCCAGAUCAGGAGCCAACUCAACCAUACAGGUGGACAACCAUGAUAGGCUAUUCAAGUACCCAGAAGGCAAACAGUUGAAUAUCUUCAAUUACCAAGCAUUCCUACAAGUAGGGGGCAAGAUCCCAAAGCACCAUAGGGUGCAUAGGGGCAAGAGACAAGUAGAACGGCACUUCGAAGGCAUUAUAGCUGGACUUUUCAUCAAUGGAUUGUCUGUACUGGAUCUGGCAGAUUCUGAUGACCCAAGAACAAGAAUACAAGGGGAUGUUUCUAAAUUGGACAGCCUUAGUGAACACCUUGUUGGCCUUACUACCCGUCCUCCUACCAAACCAGUAGUUGAAAAGCCAGGGAAGGACACAACACCUCCUAUGCAAUCUACCAUGGGUCUCAAAGCUACAGACCGACCAGACCCUGUAACUGAUGACAUCAUAUCCUCAGGGGUGAGGCCAUGCCAUGAUGCAGAUGAUGACGAUGAUUGUGACACCCAAGCCUCUGGAACAGAUUUGCUGAUUACGCCCCAUGUAAAGUGGCUCACUACCCCAGCACCCCCUGUUACUACGACUACAACAACUACAACUGCUGAUACUAGUUUCACAGGACCAUGUGAUGAUGAUGAAGAUUGUGAUUGGUCGGGAAGUGGGACUGAAAAUCCUGAGGUGUCGACAAACACUGAUGACAUCUAUAUUACAUCAACAGACCCUCGGGUUAUAAAAAUUCCUGGGGGGAAUUCUUCGAAAUAUCCAUAUACAGGGGAUACCCCCUCAGAAACUACAGACAUAGUAAUCAUUGUCAAUAUGACUGAUGAGACUUCAAAAAAACAUAAUGGUAUUACUCAAAACCCUACGAUAGUGACAUCUAUGGGUGGAAAAACAGACGGAGGAACAAAAACUGUUACAGGGGAGCGUGGAAGUCUCCUAGAUGGCAGCAGUAUCAAUAUCUGGCUGAUUAUAGGAAUAUGUGUCGGAGGAUUUGUAUUUCUCAUGUUAAUAGUAGCAUUCAUUAUGUAUAAAUUAAAAACUAAAGACAAAGGAUCAUAUAAAAUUGAUGAAAGUAAAAACUAUAGUACUUUACAACCUGAAAAAUUGUCAAAUGGAGGAACUAAAAAUGCUCUUACUUCAAAGCCAAAUGGUAAGAAAAAAGCUGUAAAAGAAUGGUAUGUAUGAUCAGAUUAAGGGGUCUACAAGGCCCCUUAAACACAUUGCAAUAAUAAUGCAACAGACUAUAAGGAGGAUGAAUACUCAGUUUUUUUAAGUCCAGAUAUACAAUAUAUAGUAUAGUUGAGGUUUUUGAAAAACACAAUGGAUUUCUAUGGCAAUGAAGCAAUUGGGUGCUCCACACUCAUUCGAAAUUUUGAAAAUAGGUUUGCACCAACUUGACAAAUGGAAAAAUCAUGGAAAAUCAACAUAUUUUCACCAACUUUGGGCAGAACGUGUUAUUUUGCUAUAAAUACAUUCAAAUCCAAAGGUAGUUUAGGUGUGAAAUAAACAUGACCAAAAUCAUGAUGUAUGCAUGGAUUUUUUCUUUAUGUUCAAUAUGGUUUAAUAUGCUCUGGUUCAAUAUGGAAGCUAGUUGGGCUCUGAAUAUGUGCCAAAGCAUGAAUACUGUUUUGGUUGUACCAAUCUCAAUAGCAUGAAGAACCUGUAAUUAAUGCUUGGCAUAAUAAGUAUUUCUCUAAAUUAUGAAAAUAAUCAUUUAAGAUGGCCACUCUGAUUUUUAAAUAUCGUUUCUUAGCCAUAUAUCAUUUUUUAACAUUUUAAAAAAUUUUUGUUGAAUUAAUCAUGUAUUAGAUCAUUUCUCAUGAUCUUAUCUUAUUGCUUCGUAGAUAUCAUUCAAAAUGAUCUGAUAUCCUGCAUUUAAGUCAUCAUUAAUUCAGAAGUCCAUAGAACCAUGUUUAGCUCAUCAAUAGUUGCUUAUUAUGGGGUUCUAGAUCAGUAUACUUGUCCAAUAAAAUGUAAAUAACAAAUACAGAAACCACCUUUUGUUGCCUAUGACAAUGGUGGAACAACAUCAAUAUGAUGUUUUAUUAAUGCAUCACGCAUUGCUCUAACAAUGUAAGUCAUGAUGUCAUAAUAAAUAAGCAGACUUGAUGGUUCCUUUUAGAAUGUUUCAAGAAGUAAAUCAUUAAAACCCAGAAGUUUAAGCUUGUAAAUAUGCUCACCUGCACAGUGGGUUAGAAUAGUAAUUUCUGUCUAAGUUUCAUCUCUUGAAUGCUUCUUUAAUGAAGAUAAUACAGUAAAACUUGUAUAUA